AUGGAGUGCGAGGACGUCAAAAGACUGAUUGGUGGGCUUGUUGAGAACCCGACACAACUGUUUCCAUCAGUGCAGAAGGACGUGCAAACGAAAAUACGAGAGGCGAUGAAAUUCAUAUUGAAGUACUAUAAUAUUGAAGGUGUGAUAAUCGACGGCUUCACAGACGAACAAAUUUACUACGAGAUCAAGGAAUUCAACGAGAAGGUGAUGAAAGAAAUUAAGAAAUUCAGUGCAAGAGUAGAACCCGAAUUACCGAAUGUGAAAAGAGUUCCUGAGAGUGAUAAUAGUGAACAAAGCGAGUCACAAGAAAAGGUCAAAGACAAUGAAGACUUGGGAUAUAUGGACGAGGAGAUUGAUAUUAAUAAGAUGAACGACGACCUUGACGAUCUUGAAAAUGUUAUUGAAGAGAAUGAAAAGAAUCCACAAAUGGAAGAAGACGACGAACAUGAAGAUGAAGACGACGAUGAAGAGGACUUGAUUAACCCAUCACAUCUGAGAGAUGGCAAAGAAAAGAAUGACUUUGAGAAACAAAAGGAACUGAUUAAGAGCAAAAUCACUAAAUUAGAAGAGGAGAAUUUGAAGAAAAAACACUGGUCGAUGCUUGGAGAGGUUGCCGCGUAUGACAGACCCGCAGACUCUUUGGUCGAGUUGGAUAUCGACUUCAAAAACACGAACCGCCCCCCUCCUCAAAUGACUCAACAACAAACAGAAAGCUUGGAAGACAUGAUUAGAAGACGAAUUAAAGAACAAACGUGGGACGACGUGAUUCGAAAGAAACUUGUCGAAAAGAACGAGAAGGAGGAAUUCGAAGUGGACCAAGAGAAGGAUCAGAUGGGUCUCGGAGAGUACUACGAUAACAAAUAUCGCAAAGAGAUCUUCGGCGAUUUUGAGAAGGACAAAGAACUCGGAAAGGAGAAGAAAGAAGUGAUGGAAGAGUUCAAUAAAGUGAUGAAACUCCUUGAGCAAUUCACAUCGAGUUAUAAGAUUUGA